CAGAAUUGCCAAUACAUGUUCAUGUGUCAGCAUUUUCACGAGCCACUUCCCCCCACCAUUAUAGGUUUGGUGCGUGUGUGGGGUUGUUGUAGCCUUGCAUACACCAAUAGCACGUUUUCUCCCUGUUCCUUCACACACACCUUUCUCAAAUUACCCUGUACCAUCAUGGCAGCCGAUUCACUUUCAACAGCUAUUACAAAAUUACGAUCGUUGGGUCAAGGCACUGUACAUUAUGAUCCAGAUUAUGCCGCUGGUAUUGGCUUGAUCACGUUAAACAAUCCCGAACGACAGAAUGCUUUCAGCGGCAAAAUGAUGGUCGAGUUUUAUGAAAUUGUUGUAAAGCUGGAGCAACAGAACCCAAAAGACACUGUCGCUAUUAUUGUUACUGGAAGUCCAGGAAAAGCAUUUUGUGCUGGCCUUGAUUUAUCCUUUGCUCAAGAACACUUGAGAGCCCCCGGUAUGGCAGCGCACGUGAACCAUUUAAUGCAUGAUGCCUUGUCAAGAUUUGCUCGAUUGCCGUACAUUACAGUCGCCUCUAUGGCUGGUCCAGCGUUAGGCGGUGGUACGGAGUUGAUUACGGCAUUCGAUUACGUCUGCAUAGCGUCGACCGCAUUUGUUCGCUUUGUUCAAACACGAAUGGGGAUAACCUCACCUUGGGGUGGUGCACGUCGUUUAGUGAAUAGCAUCGGUCGCAAAAAGGCAUUAUGGAUAUUAGGCAGUGCCCCCAAGGUUGAUGCUGCAAUGGCAAAAGAGCUGGGACUAGCCGAUGUAAUCGUGAAUUCAACGACGACGGCACGUGGUGCAGAUACAUAUGAUGCCUGUCUCAAAGCAAGCACGGCGUUCCUCAGGGGGUUUACCUUUGACGACCGGACCAACGAGCGCGUGACACCCGGUGCAGUUCGUGGCAUGAAGAAACUAGUUAUAAGAGCAGAUUUAGAUCAAGAUGAAGCGUAUGAAGCAUCUGUGUUGGCAGAGUUAGCAGGAUUAUCCAAAAUUUGAAUGAAGCAAUUAAAAUCAAAGAAAGAGAGAGAGAGAGAGAGAGAGAGAAAGAAAAGCAAACACAUAUUAGAAGGUCAUGGUAAGGGAG